UGCAUGCGUUCCAUCACAUUAUCUGACUUCUAUUUGAUUAAAAAAACUCCAGCUGGCAGUGGAGACAGAGGGCUGCAGGGACGGUACCUUGAAAGCCCAGUCACCUGCCCCCAAGACUCAGGCCAUUCUGGACCACUGACCCGCAAAUGAAGAGACUCAGGGAAAUCCAUUUUGCCCCAUGCUUGGCAGCGCUGUGUGUGUUUAAACACUGUUGAGGGUCUUUUACCCACUUUGUCAGGCUUCUUAUAAACCCUCAGGCAGCAAAGUCUCACCUCACUCCCAACUCUUUGACUCUGAUGGAGCCUCAUCGAACAGUGCUGGAUUGUUUUGGUCAUUUCAAAAAGCAAGUGUAACACAUUUCCGUCUCACUUGUCUUCAGAUACUGCGAUGGCCAAUUCAGUUGGAGGCUUAUCGCAAAGCUACACUUCUCGGAUCGGGAUGACGGAGAACUCUCUUGCGGUCUUGGAUCGCAUUCGAAGUCCAGGAGAAUCCUGGGACAUGGUGGAGACCAAACCAAGCGUGGAGACGUUGGAGCGAACCAUGCCUGGUCUCUACCUCUCCUGCUACGACAUGCUCCUCACAGAUGACACCACGUGGGUGGUCAAAGUGUCAGAGUCGCCGUCGAAUGUUGCCAUACCCAACUCCCCCAUGGAGUCCCAAGAAGAACCAGAGCAGUGCCCGGUCAUAGACAGCCAGGAGCAGAGACUCUCUCCGGGAUUAGAAGGCCAGGUGGAGGAGCGAUCUCUGGAGCAGGUCCAGAGUAUGGUGGUGGGAGAGGUCCUGAAGGACAUCGAAACAGCCUGCAAGCUGCUGAACAUCACACCUGACCCCAUCGAGUGGAACACGGGGAACGUCCAGAAGUGGCUCUUGUGGACAGAGCAUCUCUAUCGGCUCCCACAUGCUGGAAAGGCCUUUCAGGAGCUCACCGGCAAGGACCUGUGCGCCAUGAGUGAGGAAGAGUUCCGUCAGAGGUCACCACAGUGUGGAGACACACUGCAUGCACAUUUGGACAUCUGGAAGUCAGCCGCCUGGAUGAAGGAAAGGUGCACAGUGGGAGAGACCAAAAACACAGGAGGCGAGGAGCUUUGGUCUGAGGCAGAUUCUUCAUGUUCAGGUCAACCAAUCCACCUGUGGCAGUUCCUCAGAGAGCUUCUCCUCAAGCCUCACAGCUAUGGUCGCUGCAUCCGCUGGCUCAACAAGGAAAAGGGUAUUUUCAAAAUUGAGGACUCUGCUCACGUAGCGAGACUGUGGGGCCUCAGAAAGAACCGACCUGCCAUGAACUAUGACAAGCUGAGCCGCUCCAUUCGCCAGUACUACAAGAAAGGAAUCAUCCGCAAGCCGGAUGUGUCUCAAAGACUGGUCUACCAGUUUGUUCACCCAGUAUGAUCCAGCAGGAAGUUUCUGGAGAGAGACUGAGCUAUUGUGCACUGACCAACCCCGACAGCACACUUUCACUGCCAGCGUCAGAAGACUGGUGAGAUUUCGUUUUUGUUUUUAAUCCUGCUGCGGGAAGAAGCAACCAAAGAUGAAAAACAACAUAAAUAAAUAAACUGCCUUGUCAUUUGCAAUCUGCCUGUUUAUUUUCCUUUAGAACAUUGCCGAUCAUCAUUUAUACUUCAUGUCGUUCAAUUUUCCAGAUGAAACAUUCCAGCAAGUUUUUCAUGCGUGAAGCCAGUUGGACUGCUAAUGUUUGUAUAAUGGAUGUGAUUCUUUGGACUGUUUGGUUCUGACUCUUCAAACAUUGUCUUUUUACUGUCUAAGAAAACUCAUGGCACUUCAGAGGACAGAUGACAUUAUAAGGUAAAUAUCACCGACAUACUUCCUGUCCAACCCUGAAACAAAAGCUGUUUUAUGUUUUCAGCUGAAAUUAUUAAAUAGUCAACCAGUUCUCAGGCUGACAGUGAUGCAAAGUCACAAUAUGAUUCUUCAUUGUAAUUCUUUUUAAACAUGUUUUGCAUAAUAGUUAUUUGCACUUUUAAAUAAAAUAUAUAACACAUAAAUAUAUGUUUACAUAAAAACUGAGUCUGACAGUCAUGCAUUAAAUUGGUCAAUACAUUGUUUAGCAUUUUAUAUUUUAUGAUAAACGUUACAAGAUUGAUAUGAAAUUAGUUGCUACAUCUCAACAUGCUGGAGGCAAUAAAGAACUCAACAACAGUCAGAUAGAAUUGAAGUCUCUCUCUGGAUUGCAGAAUCAUUUCACAUUGUGAUGAGGCCUUUUGGUUUUGGUUCAUUUCCAUUUAUGUCUGUAUUUCACCUACGUGAAGAAAUUAUGUUUAACUGAUCACAUGAUUACACUGAAAUACUUCCUGUAUAUUUUCCUAAAAGAAGUGUGAAGAAGA